CUCAUCUACUCUCCUCUCUUUCAGAAGCUUGUUCAGCUCGAGCGCAGCAGCUGCAGGAUCAGCACCAGCAGCAGCACCGGCAGCAGCAGUGAUGCCCGCGGGCACCACCAACCGCUCGGACUGCGCGCGCUGCACCGUCCCGGGGGCCCCGGGGCACCACCAGCAGCAGCCACCCCCUCCACCGCUCGCGCUUUUCCCCGUGCCCGCGCUGGUGGCCGCUACGGUGGCGUGCGCCGUGCUGUUCGUGGCUGGAGUGGCGGGAAACCUGACGACCAUCGUGGUGGUGAGUCGGUACCGGGACAUGCGCACCACCACCAACCUUUACCUGCGCAGCAUGGCUCUCUCCGACCUCCUGGUGUUCGCGUGCAUGCCGCUGGACCUGCAGCGCGUGUGGCGCUACCGGCCGUGGCCGCUGGGCGGCGCAGUCUGCAAGCUGUUCCACUUCGUGAGCGAGAGCUGCACGCACUGCACGGCGCUCAGCAUCGCGGCUCUGAGCGUGCACCGCUACCUGGCCGUGCGCUUCCCCCUGCACGCCAAGGUGGCCGUGACGCGCCGCCGCGUGCGCGCCGUCAUCCUCGCGCUGUGGGCCGUGAGCGCCUGCAGCGCCGCGCCCGUGCUCGCGCUGGUGGGAGUGGAGGAGGGCGGCGGGCUCGAGCUCGGACACGAAAACGACACCGGCGACGAGAGCUGGAGCGCGAACUGGACCCUGAACGGCACCGGGAGCUGGAGCUGGAGCGCGAGCGAGUGCACGGCCACGCGGCGCGCGGUGGAGUCCGGGCUGCUCUCCGCUGUGGUGUGCGUCAGCGGUGCGCUCGUGGCGCUGCCCGCGCUCUGCCUGUGCGUGCUGUACACCCUGAUCGGCCGGAAGCUGAGCCGGGGACGGCGCGCGGACGCGCGGAGCUCCGCGAGGGAAAAGAGCCACAGACAGAGCGUGAAGCUACUGGCCGUGGUGGUGUUGGCCUUCGUGCUGUGCUGGAUCCCCUUCCACGUGGUCCGGUUUCUGAUCUCCACCUCGUCGGCCGCCGGUUCUCCGAUCAUGUCUCUGAUCAGUCAGUACUGCAGCCUCAUCUCCUUCGUGCUGUUUUACCUCAGCGCUGCCAUCAACCCCAUCCUCUACAACAUCAUGUCCGAGAAGUACAGGGCCGCCGUGUGCCGCCUGUUCGGGAUCCAGGGGCGCCAGCGCCGGGGAGCGUCCGUCACGAGGGCUGAGAGCUGCCCGGGACUCAACGAAUCCACCGUCAGCCUGUGACUCCCAGAAACAUGGACACCCUCAUCAUCCUCAUUCAGGGACAGGGGGAUGGAUCUGUAGUUUGGGGGCAUCAAAGUAGUUGGAUAGCCAAAAGUACAUGGACACCUGCUUGUUCAUUGUCCUUUUCUGUGAAGACAUUUCUUACAAUUAUUAUUUUGGUUACAUUUAAAAAUC